AUGUGUUUUGAAUUGCAGCAUAGUGCACUAGCCGGCACGCAUCUACAGAACAACGGCAUAACUUUGAAGUCUGUAGGACAAAAAUAUGCCAAGGAGGCUGAAACAAAUUCAGCCUUAGAAUCAAAUCCAGGUUCAUCAACCAAUGCUACAGGAAGAGCAACAGGAAAUGUUGCUCUAUGUGAGGCACAAAACCAAGAUUAUUCAGCAACUUCUAAUAAUCGCAUUACCAUUUCUUUUGAACUGCCCAUGGCAAGCCUUACAGAUGUACAAAACAUGGAGAUGAAAUUAAAUAAUGAUGAUGUUGCUGUGGAAUUGAUCGGCCAAUUAUCUUUACUUGGUGGGCAUAAUAUGAGAGGAGCAGUCGUUACUAUUAUGAAAAAGAUAUUUAGCAGGGCUGUAGCUGUGCAAUAUUCUUCAAAAGGCCGAAAAAACAAGCUGGAUUUUUCGGCACUGAAAUUAUGCAGUGUUGUUAUUCAGGCUGUCAGAAUUAAGUGCCCUGAAGUAGUGGAUGCUGAUAUUAUAAAAACUAUUUCCACGGUGCUGGCACAAUCACGAGAUUGGGAUGGAGCCAAAAAAUUCAAUCCUUCUAAUUCAACUGUCACUAAUCUGAAGAAGUUCAAUUCUCCACUACUGAAUCAACUGCCACCAUCGACUCAACCGACUUUAUCGACUCUAGUCAAUCAAACGUUCAAUUCUCCACUACUGAAUCAACUGCCACCAUCGACUCAACCGACUUUAUCAACUCUGGUCAAUCCAACAGAUAAAUCAAUUAUGUAUUCAUCCAUAAGUUCCAGACUGAUAACCUUCUCUAAAAGAGAAGAUUAUCAAUUGAACCUGCAAUUCCACACUAAUGAACCAACUGCUAUCAUCAACCCAACAGACUUUAUCGACUCUAGUCAAUCAAACGUUCAAUUCUCCACUACUGAACCCACUGCUAUCAUCAGCCCAACCGACUUUAUCGACUCUAGUCAAUCAAACGUUCAAUUCUCCACUAAUGAACCAACUGCUAUCAUCAACCCAACAGACUUUAUCGACUCUAGUCAAUCAAACGAUUUGGCCUGGCUAGAAGAAAACGUUCGAGGGCAGGAUUAUUUCAAAUGCAUGUCCUCGAUUUCUGCAAAUCCUUUAAGUACUGAUGCAACCUGGAAAUACGUCCAGGACAAUUGGCAAAAAAUGAUCGACAGGUUCGGAUUGGGGGAAAGAAAUUUGGGCAGACUUAUUCCAUCUGUUACCGACAGAUUUACUACUGAGGAUAGGCUGAAAGAGAUGAAUGACUUCUUUGCCAAAUUUCCGGAGGCCGGAGCAGGAGCUGCUGAUCGGAAACAAGCCCUGGAAACUGUUUCCAAUAAUAUAAAAUGGUUAAAAGUUAACAAAGACAGUGUUGCAAAAUGGUUGAACGAGAGGAAAUGAUUUUAAAAAA